AGUGAAGUGUUUCAAGUCUCUUCACGUCCGACGCAUUGAAUUUGUUGUGAAAAAACACGUGUGUAAAGAAUCAAUAAGUGAUCCAUUUUCCGUUGGUCCAGAAAUGGGCAACAUUCCAUUUGAUCAAAUUCCUUGUGAGAUACUUGAAGCAAAUCAUCACAAUUUUGUUAUUCUACGACUCUCCGAAUGAAAACCAAAUCCUUAAGCAUCUGAUAGCUCGCUAGUGCGGUCCUUCCAAGUGAUCUGAAACUUGUUGAUCUGUAAUUAGUCAGAUCCCCAAAACUCGUAUGUUAAUUUAAGGCAAGGAUUUGAAUUUGGAUCAUUUAGCGCGUUUUUCACGCCAUCUAGCAGAAGCAUUUUGUACGACGACAAGAUUCAUAAUUGCUUUGAGACUUCGAGUCGUUGCCCUGGUGAUCGUUGUUAUACAAACAAAAAGUUUCAACCACCUAUCUGUCAGAUUCGAUCGAGUAAACCAAUAGUAAACACGUUUUGAAUGAUCUAAUGUCAGCUUAACCUGAUAUGUAAAUCGGAAUUCCAGUUAUAAUGAGAACAGUGCCUAUCUGGGUGGACAAGGUCCAUACCCGCGAUAAUUCAGAGCAACAGAUAUACGAUCUGUGCUUCAGCGCUGAUGGUACUCAACUGAUUGCUGCAGCAGGGAACAAAGUGCUUGUGUAUGAGGCCUUAACAGGCACACUGCUUCAUUCUUUAAAAGGGCACAAGGAUAUUGUGUAUUGUGUAGCCUUUGCUAAAGAUGGAAAGCGCUUUGCUUCUGGUGGUGCUGACAAGAAUGUCAUCAUUUGGACGGGUGGCAUGGAAGCCAUUCUCAAAUAUUCGCACAAUGAUACUAUUCAAUGUGUGUCCUACAAUCCAGUUAGCCCUAUUCUUGCCAGUUGCUCCUCUAAUGACUUUGGUUUGUGGAGUCCUGAGCAGAAGAAUGUCCAAAAAUACAGAGUCAGUUCACGAGUUUGUUCUUGUUCUUGGAAUGAUGAUGGAACCCUGCUAGCCUUAGGUUUGGCCAAUGGCACAAUAUCCAUCCGAAACAGAUCUGGAGAUGAAAAAUCUAAAAUUGAAAGACCAGGAGGCAAUCAGUCACCAGUAUGGGCCUUGUGCUGGAACAUCAACAGGACUGACCAAGCAGAAAUGCUUUGUGUCACGGAUUGGGGUAACAGAACGUUAUCCUUCCACCUCCCCAACGGAAAACAAAUCCGUUCGGAGAAACCUUUGGGUUUCAACGCUUGCCGAAUAGUUCCUUAUCGUCACGCUGGUGGUGACUAUCUGCUUGUCUGUGGAUCCAACCGACAGUGUCAGCUCUUUAGUAGCGAAGGAUAUGCUCUUGGUCCCAUAGCUGAGUGUAGCAAGUGGGUCUGGGCGACGGCAACCAAACAAAACAGCACAGUUGUGGCCGUUGGCAGUGAAGACGGAACAGUCGGUUGUCACCAGCUGAUAUUUAGCACCGUUCACGGUCUCUAUAAAGAACGCUACGCAUUCAGAGAACAUCUGACAGACGUGGUAGUCCACCACUUACUGACGGAGGAAAAAGUGCGCAUCUGUUGCCGUGACCUUAUCAAGAAAAUCGCCAUCUACAAAAAUCGCUUAGCGGUCCAGCUGCAAGAAAAACUCAUGAUUUACGAGCAACAGGAAGGCGAACAGCUGCACUAUGUCAUCAAGGAAAAAAUCAGCCAGAAUUUCGAAUGCAGCCUUAUGGUCAUUUGUACCAACCACAUCAUUCUGUGUCACGAAAAGAAACUGCAGUCGGUGAACUUUCAGGGCGUCAAGGAACGCGAGUGGACGUUAGAUUCACCCGUGCGCUACAUAAAAAUCGUCGGCGGACCGGCCAACAAAGAGGGUCUCCUGCUAGGCUUGAAGAAUGGCCAGGUGUCCAAAAUAUUUUUAGAUAACCCUUUCCCGGUGGAGUUGCUCAAGAUCAGUGUCCCUAUCCGCUGCCUGGACUUGAGCUCUUCACGCCAAAAGGUGGCCAUUGUAGAUGACAACAAUACCUGCUCCGUCUAUCAAUUGAGCAACAGUGAAUUGAUUUCUCAGGAGCCACAUGCUAAUAGCGUCGCUUGGAACAUUCACUGCGAAGAUAUGCUUUGCUUUUCGGGUCAGAACUGGUUGAACAUCAAAGCAUCAAAUUUUCCCUGUCACCAGCAAAAGUUUCAAGGCUACGUCGUGGGAUUCUACGGCGCCAAAAUAUUUUGCUUGCAGGGAUACAGCAUGACCACCCUUCAGGUGCCUCUAUCAGCACCAAUGUACCAGUAUCUUGACCGUAAGCUCUACCGCGAAGCUUACGAAGUGGCUUGUAUGGGCGUGACGGAGGCCGACUGGUCACAGCUGGCACACGAGUCGGUCAAUGCGCUGGAACUGGACAUUGCCACACAAGCGUUCCAACGUAUCCAGGACUACAAAUACCUGGAGCUGAUGGAAUCUAUCGCAUAUCAGAAGCGGCUGGGAGGACCACAGGCCAAUAUCAACCACAAUGUCUUUAUCGGCGACAUCCUUGCGUGGCAGGGAAAGUUCAACGAGGCGGCUCGCUUGUACCGCAAGUGCGGCCGUAGCGACAAGGCGGUGGCUCUCUUCACCGAUUUGCGCCUUUUCGAUCAAGCCCAGGAGUAUCUCAGCGGAGACAGUACGACCGAACGGAUGAACAUCCUGAAAAAACGGGCGGAUUGGGCGCAAGAUAUUCACGACCCGCGAGCAGCAGCAGAAAUGUACCUGAAUGCAGGUGAAAUUCUCAAAGCUGUUGAGAUUAUCGCUGCCAACGGAUGGACAUCCAUGCUUGUUGACGCGUCUCGAAGACUGGACGCAACGGACCAAGCGUCAACGUUACGCAUCAUUGCAGACCAUCUUCGUCGAUUGGGAUCAGUCCAGCUGGCUUGUGACAUCCUACGGCGUCUUGGUGAUACGACUGCUCUGGCUGCCGCUUUGGUUGAGUGUGGCGCUUGGACUGAAGCUCUGGCACUCGCCAAGCAGCAUCCUGAUAUCAGUCGAAAUGUUUAUCUACCUUAUGCUCGUUGGCUGGCCGAACAGGAGCAAUUUAUCGAAGCUCAACAAGCUUAUUACGAAGCGGGGUGUUUGGAGGAAGCGGAGCGAGUUCUCAACACACUAGCGAUGAACGCCGUGGCGUUAAACAAAUACGAAGACGCCUCACAUUUCUUCUGGCUCUUCGCCAAACAUCGGCUCCAGUUGGCCGCUAAAGCGGAAUUGUCAAACGAAGCACUGAAGCACGUUACUCAGUUUCACGCUUUAGAACGCAAGAGUUCGGCAUAUUAUGCUUAUCAAGCAAUCCAUCGCUUCACGAAUGAGCCUUUCACUUCCAGCUUGCCGGAAGCGUUAUUUAACAUGGCGCGUUAUCUUCUUCACGAAACACUCCACGGUCCAUUAACUGGCAUCAGUCAAUUUGCAGUGGUUUAUUCGUUGAUGAAACACGCCAAGACGUUAGGCGCAUACAAGACGGCGAAGCAUGCUGUGACGUUGCUGCAGAAUCUGAAGAUACCUGUUCAGUUUCAGGAGAGUAUCGACUUGGCGGUGUUAAGUAUCCGCGCCCAACCGUACCAAGACGCAGAGGACCUUCUUCCUCUUUGUUACCGAUGCUCCAUGAGCAAUCCGCUGUAUAAUCCGCGUGGAAACUGCUGCAUUCACUGUGGCGAAAAUUUCAUCUUUUCUUUCAUUUCUUUCGAGAUCCUUCCUUUGGUGGAAUUUUAUGUGGAGGAAGACAUCUCAGCUGCAGAAGCCCUACAGUUGAUAAAAACUGAACCUCUAAAAGCAAACAACGAUUUAAAGAAUGGAGAAGACUAUCAACUAUACGAAAACGAUAGACAGUCAACGGAUCCCUUUUCGUCCUACUUUUACUCCCACCAGUUACGAGACCAGACGUCUAAAAUCAUUCUAAAUCGUGACGCUUUGCUUCAAUUGAAACCAACCGAAGUGAUUGUUUGCCGAUGGCCGUCCCCCUUGCCCAGCCAGUACUACCGCAACUUUUUGCCUGAUGUGGCGCUCAAGCAUUGUAAACAUUGCAAUAAGAUAUUCCACGCUGAUGACUAUGAGCUGCAUUAUUUACAGAAAAAUCAAUGUCCGUUUUGCCGUUCAAGUCGUUCUAGCCCUACAUUUUGAUCUCACUGGGAUCAUUCCCACUUUUAUUGCACUUUCUUAGCCAAGAUACCGUCCUUAUUAUCGUUCCUGUUUCCGUCCUAAUCCGUCCACCUCUCGAGUCUUUUUUUAAUUGUUACGCAAUUAAUAAAAUUAUUAUGUCGACUUUAAA